AUGCCAAAACUUGGAAGUUUCAACUCCAGCUCCCUCCUUCUAUUUUCUCUUUUAUGGACCAUCUCUUUUUCUGCACACAAUAUUGGCGCUAUCAACACAAAAAACUUUCAUUUCAAAGAAGCCCCAAAAUUCUACAAUUCCCCAACUUGUCCUUCUCUUCAUGACUACUACUACAACUCCUCCACCGACACAAAUAUUACACAAAUUUGCUUUCAAAAUGCAGUAAAUGUAGCCAUGACUCUUGAUGCUGCUUAUCUUCGAGGUUCAAUGGCUGCAAUUCUUUCUGUUCUUCAACAUUCAUCUUGCCCUGAAAAUGUUAUUUUUCACUUUGUCGCUUCGUCGUCUUCUGCUAACAUUGAUUAUUUGAAUCUCAAACUUGCUACUUCUUUUCCUUAUCUACAUUUCACAAUUUAUCCCUUCCGAGAUUCACCUGUGGCUGGAUUGAUAUCUACUUCGAUUCGCGCUGCUUUGGAUUGUCCUCUAAAUUAUGCUCGCAAUUAUCUACCUGAUCUUCUUCCUCAAUGUAUCCAAAAGGUUGUGUACCUGGAUUCAGAUCUUGUUCUUGUAGAUGACAUUACGAAGCUAGCAGCAACACCGCUAGGUGAAGAAGCAGUUCUAGCAGCACCAGAAUAUUGCAAUGCAAAUUUCACAACCUAUUUCACUCCUACUUUCUGGUCAAACCCUUCUCUUUCCUUGACUUUUGCGAAUCGAAAGCCUUGUUAUUUCAAUACGGGAGUUAUGGUAAUUGAUCUCGAAAGAUGGAGAGAUGGAGAUUAUACUACAAAGAUUGUAGAAUGGAUGGAGCUUCAAAAAAGAAUGAGAAUUUAUGAAUUAGGUUCAUUACCACCUUUUUUACUUGUUUUUGCUGGAAAUAUAGCUCCAGUUGAUCAUAAAUGGAACCAACAUGGACUUGGAGGUGAUAAUUUUCGAGGACUUUGUCGGGAUUUGCACCCCGGUCCGGUGAGUUUACUGCAUUGGAGCGGAAAAGGCAAACCGUGGGUCCGGCUCGAUGCGAGCCGGCCUUGCCCGUUAGAUGCCCUUUGGGCACCUUAUGAUCUGUUGCAAACCCCUUAUGUUCUUGAAUCUUAAGGUAUUUUAAUUUUUUGCUACCUAUAUUAAAUUUAACUUAUAUAUAUCGAUAAUUUUUUAAUUGGUAUACUUGUAUUUGUAGAAGUUGAAGCACAAGAGAGAGUAGAGAUCUGUGUACUAGUUCAUAAGGGGAUCCUCCUCGAUUGUGUUGUGUAACAUGUACAGUAAGAUUUUGUUUUCAUGUCUAAGGUAACGGCUGUUUCUUGUAUAUUAUUGGAGUAUACACUUCGAA